AUGUCUUCUCAGAUUCUCAGAUCCACUGCUCAACAGGUUAUGGGCUCUGAUGAUAUGUCUUCAUCAAUCUCUACUGUCAAACUUCUUAAUCUGCUUUGCCUAAAAGAUGAUGACACAAACUACAUCCUAUAUAAGAAACAGAUCUCAAAUGUGGUCACCUCAAAAGAACUUAGACAAGUCCUGUAUAGAACUGCUAAAAAGCCUAUAGAGAUAACAGAGACAGAUGGAGACUAUUACCUACCAGAAAAUCUUGUACUCUUAUCUAAAGAUGAAGCUGAAAAGCAACUGAUCCUUCAGAAUGCAUAUGAACAGAAGGAGGCCCAGGUCUAUGAGAUGAUGUAUAAAACAAUCAAAAAUAAACCCUCUACUGCUGCAAUGUGGAAGAAGCUCACUUCUAUCUUCAAAGAAAAAGGUGUUUUGACACAGCAGAAUCUACUUAACAAGCUCCAAAAUCAACACUGUCCUGAUGAUGGAGAUAUCCAAAUCCACCUUACCAAUAUAUCCAGAAUGAGAGAAGAACUUGCCACAAUAAGGAAGUCUAUAAGCAAUGACUCCUAUGCUACCUACAUCCAAACAUCACUCUUGAUAAACUACAGACCCACACUCAAGAUACUUGAUAUUGCCUCACAGAUGAUUGGUGGAGAAGGACAUUGA